CGACACGAGAGAGACUAUAGCAGUAUUACGGGACAACGCUCUGUUGACGGGAGACAGCUGGAAUAUAUCAUUUUAUACUGGGGAGUAUCACUUUACGAAGCCCUCGUUUGAAACCGUACUUAUCAGCGAACCUGGACAAGAUGGCCGCGAAUAAAGCUCUGUGUGGACUGGUUGCCUUCAUGCUGGCCGGUAUGGUCAUCUCGACGCCUGUACAUCCGGGUAUCAGUCUGACGGACAUGAGCGCAGACAACGCCUGUCUGUUCGUCUGUAACAUCUGCUUUGAUGGACACUUUGACCUCAUGAUGACCUGCGCCAACAAAAUCUGCAGACCCGGAAUGAACGGCCUGGGAUUCAUCUGGGUGGGACACCACUGCAAGAACUACAACCUCAUGGAGAAAUAUAUGACGAAAUGACUAGUUUUCAAAGAACAUAACACUGUGUACAAUUACAUACAUCCCAUCAGAAACCAUUUCAAAGCUCUGUUCAGUCACUUUUCAAAACUCGGCAGCAUUUUUAACAUAGACGGCAAAAGUUCGUAAACACUAAUAUUGCAGGCGAUUCAACGAAACGAAAAUAAAUAAAUAAAUAAAUACCACUUUUGAAUAUUUUUAGUUCUUUUGUAACGUAGAACCACACAUUACACUACACACCUGCGAAAAUUUAUUUAACUUUUUUGUUACAUUUGAAAACAAAAACGCAUAUGGGCAAGAAAUGUAUUUUGGUGUUAUCUAUGGAUUUCAGCAGACAGUUUAUUUCCUUUUUUCUAGGAACCAUGUAACAAUACGAUGUAUUGAAAUUAACACCAUUAUUUUGAAACGUAACACGCAGGUGUACAAAAUAAAGAUGGGUGCUUCGUAAUCUUGUGGACUGUUGUUAUAAAGAGACACACCAUUCUGUCUCAAAUCACGUGUAAUGAAGAAUUCAGAAAACGUCGACCUGAAACAUGAUACAAGUAUGUGUCACAUCGGGUGUCUCCUUAAGCAUUGUUCCAGAAUAUCCAUUUUUAGAAACAAAAGACAAUAAACAUCCAGUUUUGUAGUAACAUAACAUGACACUUUGUUAAUAAAAUAUUUCCAAAAAAUA